GGUUUAAAUGCAGUGUCUGCAUGCUAACAUUGACCAAGGCUUUAGGCUUCUUGUUUUUUGUUUGUCUCCUUGUCUGUGUAGAUGGUUUUGAACCCACAGCCACAUUCCCAAAAGUACCACCAGAGGCUGUUCUCCAGAGCUAUAAGGAUAUUCAGCUGCUCCAGUCUUGGGAGGAAAUAAACAGCUUUACAACACCUAGCACCUCCGAGAAGUCUAGCCCAGGGAAUGAAUCAGCUCCUGCUACGCUGGAAGAUAUCUUCCUGGAGAAGUCAAAUGACUUUGAUGAUCCCAAGUUCUUCAUUGACCUGAAUGUUGGACACAUGGAGGAUGCUGAUGUCUUUGAUCCUAUAUUGACCUUCCUUAACCAAAGCAGUUAUGUGCCCAAUUUUCAAAGCCUCUACGAUCUCAGUUUUUCCUUUCUCAGCUCCACUUUUUAUGGUUUUUCUGAUGAAGAUGAACUGGUUUUGUACCUUGAGACCUGCAGGAACUGGGCCAAGAGGACUCAUUCAGCCUGGGCUCAUAUUCGACUCUGUUUCCUCUUGGGUAAGCUCUGCAUCAAAAAGGUCAAGUUCUCUCAGGCUCGAGUCUACUUUGAGGAAGCUAUGAGCAUCCUGGACAUGGGUUUUGGGGAUCUGCCCCUGAUGGCUGCAUUGCAUGUGAACCUUGCCUCCAUCUACUUGAAACAAAACAUGAAGAACAAGUUCUCCUCUUUGCUGGGGAAAACAGUGACUUUGCUUGUCUGCUUGCCUGGCCACUCUUUCAGCUCAGAGAAUGAGCUGGAAGUCAUGAAGUACAUCCUCAGAGAAGCCAUUGCUGUGGGUAAUAUUCCCUUGGAGGCCCGGGUCUGCUUCCUUAUUGUCAAGCUCUUCUUACAAUUGGGCAAAAAUGAUGAAGUUCUACCCUUUACCGAGCACCUUCAAUGCCUUGCCACCACUUUACUCAGCCCAGACACCAGCGCUGUGCCACUGGAUGCCACCCCCAUCUUGAGCCACUUGUAUGACAAGAAAUACCUGCCAAACAUUGCGCUGGCAUCUGCCAGGUUGUUUGUACCCAGUGGUGUCAAGGGGGCACCAACACCCAUUUGGAGAGCUGGCUUCAUCCUCCAAAAUACAUCCAAGCUCCCAGGAAGUCAACUAGAAAGGAGCAGCAUCCCAGCAGUGUCCUGCUUCUACCUGAAGCAG